AUGAACAAUGGAACUGCUUACAUGCACUUCGACGAGUCUUUGGGCGCCUGGUGCCUUAGCACCACAGACAAGUACCGCAAUGAGAGAACGCCGGCUCUGGAGCUGAAGGCACGUACCCGCAUGGCUGCCGCGUGCCAGUCGCAUGGCAAGUCGCAUGGCAAGUCGCAUGGCAAGUCGCAUGGCAAGUCGCAUGGCAAGUCGCAUGGCAAGUCGCAUGGCAAGUCGCAUGGCAAGUCGCAUGGCAAGUCGCAUGGCAAGUCGCAUGGCAAGUCGCAUGUUGUCGCACGGUCCCAGCUGACCCAGCAUGUCCCCUGCAUAGCGUGGCAUGCCAAGACCCGUCUCCACACCCGACUGGUGGAUCCGCGGAUGCAGUGCAUCAUUGCAUGUCGAUCCCAAGGGUGGGCUCCACUAGCGGCGGCUGUCAACAAAGGGUAUCGAGACGUCACCUCAUCAAUAGCAGACAAAGGGGCGAGUAUCUGA